AUGUCUGAUGGUAACAAGAUUGCAGCUAUUCUCAGGAAACGAAAACUUGACUAUUAUUUGCACAAACUGCUACCUGAGAUCUUGCAAUCAACUUCCUUUCUGACAGCAAAUGGGACCUUGUAUAUUGCUUGCUUUUGCAUUCUAAGAAAGAUACUUGGAAAAUUCUACUUUUGGUCUCCUGGCUUUGGUGCUGCUUUACCUGCUUCUUAUAUGGCUAUUCUCAUCGAAAGGAAAAGCAGGAGAGGUCUCCUCACAAUUUACAUGGCCAAUCAAGCCACAGAAGCGUUGUUCCGAAUGGCAGUAGCAAGAGGAGCUAUUAGACCUUUGAGACACGGAGAAGUCCUUUUGUUCUGCAUCACAGCUGCUCUGUUCAUGUUCUUUUUCAGGUGCAAAGACGGCUUGAAAGGCUUUACAUACUCUGCACUAAACGUAGAGAAAGAAGAAAUCCCCACUCAUUCAUUUUCACCUGAAGCAGCAUUUUCAAAAGUAGAUAGAAAGAUAAAGCAUUGUGAAAAAAUAUCACAGCCAAUGAACAUACUGGCUCUAACAAAAAGACUCGUGGACAAAGUGUGCAAACAUGGCCCAAGGCAUAGAUGCUGUAAACACUAUGGAGAUAAUUGCAUCUCAUAUUGUAUUAAAGGCUUCAUUAGGAUGUUUAGCAUCGGGUACCUGAUCCAGUGUUGCCUUCGGAUUCCAUCCACCUUCCGGCAUCUGUUUACAGAACCAUCCCGGCUGCUUUCCCUCUUCUACAACAAGGAAAAUUUCCAACUUGGAGCUUUUCUGGGAUCUUUCGUCAGUAUAUAUAAAGGUACUAGUUGUUUCCUGCGAUGGGUACGAAACCUAGAUGAUGAGCUUCAUGCCCUUGUAGCUGGGUGCCUAGCAGGAAUUUCGAUGAUGUUUUACAAAAGUACUACUAUCUCGAUGUAUCUGGUGUCCAAACUAGUAGAGAUGAUAUACUUCAAAGGCAUUGAAGCAGGGAAGGUUCCUUAUUUUCCUCAUGCAGACAGCAUCAUCUAUGCCAUUUCUACAUCGAUAUGCUUUCAGGCAGCCGUCAUGGAAGUUCAGAACCUGAGACCUUCAUACUGGAAAUUUCUUUUACGACUAACAAAGGGCAGGUUUGCUCUCAUGAACAGGAAAGUUUUAGAUGUAUUUGGUACUGAAGCAUCUAAGAACUUCAAGGAUUUCACACCUACGCUUGACCCAAGAUACACGGUUGUACCACCAGAGCGACCGCUGGAGCUGUCUUGAAGACGACAGUAUAUCUUGUCAUUGAAUGUGAUCAGCGUUUUGUCCUGAAAAGUUAAUUAACUUAACAGUCAUAUAUAUGGAGGAGGGCUUGGGCUCCGCUUCAGUAUUAUUUCAAUGAGAAAUGCUUUUUACCAAUCAAAAGUACUGAAGCUUUGCAGGAAGGUGUGGCUUAGUGAUUAAGCCCCUUCUGUACGCAGAAAAUAUUUCUGGAUUACUGUAGUUGGUUGACGGUGUGGUAGAUUCCUGAAUUAAUUAAACAAAUGAGUAAUAUAUUUAGAGAAGUAAAACAUAAAUAUGCAUAACAAUUUCAAAAAUUCUGUAGUU